UUGUAAUUGUCAAAAAUGUCGCUAAGCUCCACGGCUGCACCGUGUUGGUCGCAAUUUACAGGAGCUGCUGGUCCCAGCUCCUUAGCAGCGAUAAUUCAGUGCUUUGCUACUGCUAACUUAUUUUUCUUAAAUGACUUACUGUUGGGAUCUUCAAUUAAUCAUGAUUCUGAUGAAUUUGACUUCAUAAUAAUCGGUGCGGGAUCUGCUGGAAGUGUAGUUGCAAAUAGAUUAAGUGAAAUAGAGGAUUGGAACAUCUUACUUCUAGAGGCCGGAGGAGACCCGCCUAUUACAUCUGAUAUACCUGGCCUGCAAACACUUUUAUAUGGAAGUAAACAUGACUGGCAAUACAAAACAGUUAACAAUGGAAUCACAAGUCAAGGGCUCAAAGACGGUUCUGUGGGAUGGACGAAAGGAAAGAUGCUUGGAGGCAGUAGUAGCAUAAAUGCUUUAGCAUAUGUACCAGGUAACACUCAAGACUACCAAAACUGGUAUGACGCAGGAAACGAAGAAUGGAGUGUAGAAGACGUACAAAGAUGUUUCAAGAAACUUGAAAGUCUUCAAAAUAAGAAAAUGUUACAAGAUCCAAAUAUCAAAGAUGUCUACGGCCAUAAUGGUCCUUUAAUAAUUAAUAGGUACAAUCAUACUCUCCGCACUUAUACAGAUCAUGUCAUUGAAUCAUGGGAUAAAAUUGGAUUUAAGAGAGUCUCUGAUUUAAAAGCAGCGAACUUUUUAGGCUCGGGCAUAAUAACGGCCACAGCAACCAAUGGAGUCAGACAAAGCACUAAUAAGGCAUAUUUACAGCCAAUCAAAGACAGAUCAAAUUUAGUCAUAAUGAAAGAUACCUUGGUAACCAAAAUUUUGAUAAACGACACCGCCUUAUCAGCCUAUGGUGUUGAAGUCGAGAAAAACGGAGAAAAAAAGGUUUAUUACGCAUCUAAAGAAAUAAUUUUAAGUGCUGGUUCUGUCAGUUCUCCACAGCUGUUAAUGUUGUCUGGUGUGGGUCCUAAAGAACAUCUUGAAUCAUAUAAUAUAGAAACUUUAGUUGAUUCUCCGAUGGUUGGACAAAAUCUGCAAGAUCAUGCUUUAUUGCCGAUAACAAUUUAUGCCAAUGCACCCGGAGAACAAUCGUUACUAGAAUUGACAGGUGAAGUUCUUAAAUAUAUAACUAAAAGAGAAGGUUAUUUGGCACAGAGUAGUAUAAUAACAGAUGGUGCUGCAUUUUACUCUACAAUCGAAAAUGCCACAUUCCCUAACAUUCAAAAUCAUCUUACAAUCAUAAAUAAAAAUAACAUUUUACUUAAGAGUGUUCUACAGGUAGCUUUUCACUACAAUGACGCUGUAGUAGACUCAAUAACAAAUUUAAAUAAAAAUCACGCGCUUUAUUUCUUUGAAAACAUUCUCUUGCAUCCUUAUUCCAAAGGUAACAUUGCUUUGCAAUCCAACGAUCCUAAAGACGCACCUCUAAUUUACGCCAAUUAUUUCGACGAUAGUAGAGAUUUGGAUGUUGCAGUAGCUGGUAUUAAAAUGGCAACUAAAAUUUUGGACACUCCAUAUUUCAAGAAGAUUAAUGCUUUUCUUGGUAGUAUGGACGUGCCAGAAUGUAAUGAGUACGAAUUAGACAGUGAAGAUUACUGGAGGUGUAUUUGUAUAAACUUGGUAACGUCAAUCUUCCAUCCCAUGGGGUCCUGUAAAAUGGGAUCUGAUAUAAGUACGUCGGUAGUGAACAGCAGGCUACAAGUCCACGGUGUGAACAACCUGCGUGUGAUCGAUGCUGGAGUAUUCCCUUCGACCAUAAGUGGUAACAUCAAUGGAGCUUGCAUUAUGGUGGGCGAAAGAGGAUCGGAACUUAUCAAAGAAGACUAUAAUAAAGAAUAAGUUUCUAUAACUUUACAUUAAUAAAUGUGUUAUUUUGUUACUAC